GUUAUUUUCACCCCAGCUGGAGGAUGCUGCCAGGAAUCGGCACCGCGCAUGUAGCUGCCUGUGUGGUCUCGCGCUCGUUCACGGCCACAUAAACACCUGAUCUCUUCAGGGGGACAAAUCCGGUGAGAAUUUCCGCAGGAAACCGAUCCCCUCUCAUCGCACACCCCCCUGCUGUGUUAGAGAGCGAGGUUUCCUCCGAGCAGGAUGGCGGAUGGAGACACGGUGGAGGAUCUGAGUGUGGGAGACAGCGGCCCGCUGCAGCUGAGGGACUACCGGAGACUGGCUCGGCUGUACUGCAUGAAUGGCGGACAUCACCUCCAGAUCCUCCCCGACGGGACGGUGCAGGGCCAGAGGGAAGAGAGUGACGCUCACACUGUUUUAAAGCUCAAAGCUGUGGACAGAGGCGUCGUGGUCAUCCAAGGAACUGAAGCCAGCAGAUAUUUAGCCAUGAGCGAUGAAGGCCGUUUGUACAGUUCACCCACAGUUACAGAUGAAUGUUACUUCCUGGAGAGGCUGGAGGAGAACCACUACAACACAUACCAGCCACAGAAAUAUCACGACAACAACUGGUACGUAGCUCUGAAAAAGAACGGAAAGCCUAAACUCGGCCCGAGAACCCACAUCGGACAGAAAGCCGUCUUCUUUCUCCCCAGGCAGCUGGAUGACUGAAGGAGCAAAACACACAGCGAUACCUCAACCGCAAAGGACCAGAAACACACAUUAUAACCUCUAAAUCAUCACCAGGACUAUUAACAGGAGGUGGUGGCGUGAAAUCAAGAGAUAAUAAAUCCAGAUAAAAGGGAAGUGUAAAAGCAGUCUGUCUAGUGCAUGAUGAGAUACAGAUCAAAUGUCUCUUUAUUUUAAUAAUACAUCAAAUCUAUAGACACAACAAAUCUCUUUGAUUUUAUUUGGUAGCAGGUCCUCCUAGCUCACAGAACAAAGACAUUUAGAGCAAACAUGAACACAUUAACCUGCAAAUUAACAUGAAUUUGUGCUUCUCGGACUAAGGUUUUCUGGGAAGAGUAAAUAAAUACAUUGCCUCUAAUUAUAUUACAACAAAGCUUUAAGAAUACCAUUAGCUGGCUCAUUGGAGGUUAGUCCCGCUGUACUUUAGCUUUUCUGUAAUCUGUGUUUUGUUCCUGAAACCUUGACUGGAUAGAAAGUGCUACAGAGCUUAAGGCCUAACAAAUUAACCAGUAAAGCUUUCCCAGAAGUGUUGCUGCUCUGUUAUACUUCUAACAGUUACACAUUGCUGCCACUAGAAGCCGCCACAGUGCACGAUGACAUCCCCUCCAAAGAAUUUUUAUUUGCAACACUUUAAUUUACCAGCCCCUUAUACACCACCGACCUAUGAGUUAGCCCCUUUAAUCACACUAUUGACAACUGUUUGUCUGUUCACUGUUUUUCACGGUUUGUCCAAUAAGGCUUCAUAACCUGAGACAAUCAUCAGUACACUCAUCAUCACUUUAAAUAUCCUGCACUGUUUAUUUUACUAUGCACACUUAAUGAGCCUUCAUUUCUAUUCUACUGAGCUCUUGGAGCUAUUUUAUGUUACGCUUUUUUAAAUAUUUGUUGUAUUUUAUUGAACUACUUUAAUAUUACCAUAUUUAUAGUUCUUCAGUUGUACCCCAUUGUAAACCACGAAGUAUGCAGUUGAUAUAAAAAGCGUACACGUGCCUGUUAAAGUGCCUGCGGUAAUGACGUUACAAUAACGAGACCAAGAUAAUAAAACUUUUUCCACCUUUAAUGUGACCUUAAAACAAAUCUUUUAGUGGAUCAAAUUAAAAACAUAAAACAUUGUGGUUGCACACGCUCCUAUAAAUGGGAAGGUUACACUUUUUCUAUCCACUGCAUUUUUGUAUUCUGAGUAGGUGAUGCUUCAGUAACGACCCAGGAAGCUCAGCAGGUGCAUUUAAAGUGACAUUUAUUUAACACUAAACAGUUUCUGUACAGUUUGAUAACAACAAAAUCCCAGGCUGCAGCUCUACAUCACAUAGAAAGAAGCAUAACUGGUCUGUAAAUGAAAGCCAUGGCAUAUGAAAUAUGAACUGUUGAUUCAAGCGUCAUUAUAAAACAACAUCCUGCACCACUUGCUUUGUGUCUGUGACUUAAUCUAAUGAUGGGAACGUUCUUAUUGGCUGUGUUUCUAAAAGUGCACCUGCAUUAAACAUUCUUUGAUAAUAAUUAAUAAUACAACAGAGAAACCUUCUUACAUAGUAUGAAAAAUUGAGAAAUAAUCAUCAAUUAAACCUUGAGGCAAACACCCACCUGGAAGUAAAAUGCAAGUUCAUUUCUAUGUACUGAAAUCCCGACAGCUUUUCCUCUGACAGCGAGUGGGACGUGGACUAGAAAGACUCUCUGAGUCACCGAGAGGUCACGCUGUUACAUCUAAUUGGUAUUUGUGAGGACAUGGACCAGAAAAUGUGCUCAUUUCCCCUAAAAAUCAUCUCGGUCACUGUCAGUGCCAAAAGAAAUUUGGCGUCUCCACAGCUGUCAGCAGAGCAGCUCCGGGUUUUGUCACUUGACAUUUGAAGCCAUCGAGUUCCUUUUCCAUCUUCUAGGAUCAACCUGUACAUGCAACUUGAAUUCUCUUCCCUGGUUGGAGAGUUUUACCUGACUUAAUGUACAACAAAAACAUUGUAACAGGCAAAAAUCAUGGAUGCCGCUUUGCUGUGUGUGAAUCGCAUCUACUAUGACAGUUUCUAAAAGCUGCAGACAACACUGUCCCCUCCUGGCAAUACUGCUUAAAGCCAACAGGUGAGUGGAGGAUGUGUUCAUGUGUACUUCUGCAUUCACAGCCUAAAGAAAUCUAAAAAGAGCUUAAACCUCGAAGAGCAGAUUAUUAUAAAGUGUGUUGCAUGCUAUGGCAAGCUUACAGAGUGUUGUGCUAAUUAAUACCUGUUGGCUUCAAGUGUCGCCAA